AUUACUUGUAUUAUUGAAAUCAUAUGUUGUAUGAAAUGAAUGACUAAAACAACAAACAAUUCAUUCAAUCAUUUGUUUAUCACUUUUACACCAAUUCUUCACUUUUGAUAAAUCAUUUCAAAUUGACUUCAAAUCCAAUACUAAUUCCAACCAUCACUUGGAGGACAUCCCAACACUUGAGCGCAUAGAUUAAGACAGAGAUAACGGUUGGACUGAAUCGAGUGAUCUUCUGAAGCAAAUGUCUGCCGAAAUCCGACCCUUUGCUGACUCGACCAUCGGAUCCAAUAAAAUGCAAUUAUUGAGUAAAUUAGAGGGACAUCAAGACGUCGUCAAUCAGGCCGUCAUUCUUCGCGCUGAAGACGGUGUCAUCAGUAUUAGUGACGACAAAACCAUUCGUAUUUGGCUGAAGAGAGACGCCGGCAAUUACUGGCCAUCUGUUUGUCAUAUUCUUCCGGCGUCUGCCUCUUGCAUGGACUUCAAUCACGAGACAAAGCGUCUGUUUGUGGGUCUGGACAACGGGUCAGUGUCUGAGUUCUGUGUGGCCGAUGACUACAACCGAGUGGUGCAUCAGAGGAACUAUUUGGCGCAUCAAAGUCGCGUCACUUCUGUUGUCUUCUCGUUGGUCACCGAAUGGGUUCUCAGUGUCGGACGCGACAAGUAUUUCGUUUGGCACUGCUCUGAGUCCGGACGAAGACUCGGAGGCUAUCUCUGCAAUAGUUGGGUCACUGCUCUUCAGUUUGAUAUGCAAUCAAAGCACGCCUUCGUCGGUGACUACAACGGCAUCAUAACUAUGUUGAAGAUCGAGGAAAACACAUACAAACCCAUCACUACAUUGAAAGGACAUUCCGCUGCCAUCCGAUGCCUCGCAUGGAAUUCCACGAAACAAAUGCUCUUUUCUGGCGGUUUCGACAAAAUGAUUAUUUGCUGGGAUAUCGGUGGCAAAAAAGGCACCGCUUAUGAACUCCAGGGCCACCAUAAUAAAGUGACGGCGUUUUACUUCUCUAACACAUCUCAGAGACUAUUGUCUUCAGCUGAAGAUAACAAUAUCAUCGCUUGGAAUAUGAAUACCAAACGAACUGAAACUCCCGAAUGGACUGAAAGUGAUUAUUGUCAGCGCUGUCAGAGACCAUUCUUCUGGAAUAUUAAGGCGAUGUACGACCAAAAGACCAUUGGCUUAAGACAGCAUCACUGCCGGCGCUGUGGAAAAGCUGUUUGUGAUUCUUGCAGUUCUAACAGAAGUUCUAUUCCUAUAAUGGGCUAUGAAUUUGAUGUCCGAGUCUGCGAUGAGUGCCAUAGCGUUAUCACUGACGCCGAGUGA